AUGGCUCAGCGGGCACCCAAUGCUGCCAGAAAGGGUCCCAUCGGACCCUCGAAGGGUAUCAUAACAUUUACUUCACUCUCGAAAAAGUUCCGCGCGGUCCACCACUACACAGUCACUUAUGGGGUCGAGCAUGCUGGGCGAUACACCGUUGCCCUCCUAGCAGAUCAGCCUCCAACACUCAGCACCCAGAAUGUGACCGACGAUAGCCUAUUUGACCUGCGUCAAUUAUGGUGGUGCAGACAAAUUCUCCUCACGCGUCCAAAUGACCUUGGAGCCUGA